AUGUCGUGGCUUCGACAGGUUCGAGCACUACCACUGAACCCGGCGCUGAACGACAUUCUAAAAGUGGAGUAUCUCGAUGUGAAUCUCAACAAUUCACGCAAACUCAUGGCCAACGUGGCGAACCUAGGGGUUGAAGCAAAGCAACUCACGCAACAUGAAGAGGACACUGUGGAAGCGAUGCUUCAGCUUAAGAAUCUUCGAAACGAGCUCAGCUGGACUGAUAUCCGACUCACACUGCUUAUGAGAUUCUUAGGCCGCAGAAGAAAGCCUCAGCCUCAGCCUCAACCUCAGCUUCGGAAGGAGGCUCCUCGAGAGAAGUUGAGCACGAUCUAUCAGCUUCGCAAUUUUGGAACAAAUUACAAACGGCAGUUGGAUGCCGUAGUAGAGGCCGUUGACAAGAAUGUCUUUUUGUCCCGGACAGUUGGCCUAUUGCUUCAAGGCGAGCAUCUCCAAGUGACUGAGCUCGCCGUGAAGAGCCUUGACAUGGCAGAACACCCUGAUCGGAAGAUUCAAAUCGAGUUCGCACGCUUGAGGAACGGCUUCCCUAUGUCACAUCAGCUCUACGGAUUUGGGUCUGAAAUGAAGAUAGGCUCAAUUCAUGAUAACGUGACGGCUGAUGGAGGGAGCCUUGAGCUCAAAGCUGAAUUUAAGCCGCCCUCGUGGAUUCGGCAAGAGGCGUAUUCUCGAAUUGUGCUCCCUGGGAUGCACGUGGCAAGUUUCCUCCCGUUGAGUUUACAGCUUGUCGAUGAAUGGAGCUCAAAUAACAAGCUCCAGGAGCCGCUUCACUUGACCAAGAUUCGUGUGGAGUUGCAAGAAUUCAGGUGUGUGCCACACAGAAACUUUGAAAGUACCGACAUCCAGAGGAAGGUGUUGGUUGAGCAGGAAGUCUUCAUGGCAAUUGACUUGCUCAACAAGAAAACCAUGAUUCCCCACACGAUGUACGAUUGCGUGAUUCCAGAAGUGGGCCCUACGUUCUUCACGGACGGCUUUUUGAGAACGUACGGCUUAGAAGUCACAUUGACGAUUUCUAACGGAAGUGCUUUGAAUUUCAACACAUCUGUGUUCAUAGAGCUCAAUUUGGCCCAGGAGAAGUUCGAGCGUAUAAACAACAAGGGAGUUGUGAAGUCACUUGAGAGUUACUUGGGCGAGGGGGGCGAACACCCUACACACCAUUUUCAUCUCAUGAAAGAUCUUAGGGAUGUGGAGUCGACUGCUAACGGUUUGUUGGCAUUAAGCCGCUUGAAUGCAGACGAAUCCACGGGAAACCCAGGAAUGGAGCUUUCCGAAUUUGUCAAGUGCGCCUUGAUCGUUGCACAGAGCUUCGAAGAAGCCAGCCUUCACCACCAUGUAGAGGACACAGAGAUUCAGCUUGAACAAAUCGAGAUCAAAUUGAUCGAAGCGAAAAUCGAGAACGGCAAAAUUACACGUGAGAAGACAAUUUUACUUGAUAACAAGGAUUUACCCUCGAUAAGAUGGAGCGACUUCAAGGAUACCGUUGCUGGAAGCCCGAAAGCUCGUGCAAUAACGUUGCCGCAGACCUUGUUUAAGGGGAACUUGCCUGCAAAUUUGAAACCACAUGUAUUUUGUCAUCAGUCGAUGUUUUACAGAGGUCAUUUGAUGGAUGGCAGGUUGCUUGUGCGUUUUCUGGGACAGGUGUAUACCUUUGAGUGGUCUUACCAUCUUGAAGUUGCCGAAAACCGCAUGUGA